AUGAAUGUCCUAAUAUGGAAUACUCGAGGGGCUGCCAAGAAAGAUUUUCGUAGUACUCUUAAGUCCAUGGUCAGGAAAAAUUCUGCUGAUAUUGUUGUUCUUCUUGAAACCAAAACUCAAAGCGAGGUGUGCAAAAAAUUAAUGAAGAAGUUGGGAUUUGAUAGCCUUUUAGUUCAAGAAGCUCAGGGUUUUGCAGGGGGUAUUUGGUUAAUGUGGCAUAGUUCAAAGGUGGAUAUAGCUCUUCUAUCCAAGUCAGUUCAAUUUAUUCAUUGUAGAGUCUCUCUUCCUACAGGUAAUUCAUUUGAUUUCACUGCUAUUUAUGCUAGUCCUUCUCAAAAUGUUAGAAAUAAUAUUUGGGAGGAUCUUAGAAAACUUAGUGAAACUAUGAAUAGACCGUGGCUGUUGGGUGGUGAUUUUAAUGAAAUAGCUUACACUAAUGAGAAGAUAGGGGGUGUUCCAGCUGACCCAACCAAGUGUGCUAAUUUUUCUUCUGUGCUUGAAGAUUGUCAGGUGAUAGAUUUGGGCUAUGAUGGUCCUCUAUUCACCUGGCAAGGUCCUAAAUGGACCAUUUUGAGAAGAAUUUUUAAACGGCUUGAUAGAGUUGUAGUGAAUUUGGAGUGGAGAAUGAUGUUUGAUGAUGCUAGAGUGUCUUCCCUUCCUCGGAUAUUAUCUGAUCAUAAUCCUCUAUUAAUAAAGUUAUUUGAAAAUUUAGAUGAGAAAGGUAAAAAGCCAUUUAGAUUUUUUGUAGCCUGGCAGGAACAUCAAGCUUUUAAUAGCUUUAUCCGGGCCAAGUGGGACUCUGAUUUUGAUUUUCCAUAUAUGCUACAAAGAUUGGUGCCUGAACUGAGAAUAUGGAAUAAGAAAGUUUUUGGGGAUAUUGAUAGAAAGAAAAAUAGUAUUAUUCAAAAAAUUGCCAACAUCCAGAACAACCGUACUCAAAAUGAUUCUCAAGCUCUGUUGAAUUUGGAGAAUGAUUAUCAGAGAAUGCUUAUUAAUGUUCUUCGUGAAGAGGAACUUUUUUGGUUUCAAGAGUCUAGGAAGAAAUGGAUUGCGGAUGGAGAUAGAAAUACUCGUUUCUAUCAUCUCAGUACGGUUGUCAGAAGGAAUUCGAAUAAAAUAUUCAAGCUUAAAAAUGAUGGAGAGGCUUGGAUUUCAGAUCCUGAGGAACUCAAAAACAUGGCUUGCAAUUUCUUCAAAACUCUUUUUACUGAAGACUUAUGUGACAAAAGGUGGAUUUCUUCAGGAAACCUUUGGCAUGAUCUUCUAGAGCGGGAAAGGAUUCUUUAA